AUGGCUGACCCUGCACGAAUCAAAACUGAGGCCACACUUGAGACACCAGCUGCUGGUCCAGAUGAGCUGCCUAAAACUAAGGCGACCGAUGACUGUACAGUUCCUGCUCAGGAAAAGUCUAAAGAUGAACCAAAAGAGUUGCCAAAGCAAGAACUCAAACAGGAAGAUGCAUCUGAACCAGCAACAGCAGAAGAUGAGGAAGAAGGGACUUCAGGUCAGCCUGCUUCAAAAAGACUGAAGGUGGAACCAGAAAAGAAAAAGGAAAAGAAGCAAAAGGUUGACGAGGACGAAAUACAAAAGAUGCAGGUUUUGGUCUCGUCCUUCUCUGAAGAUCAGCUUAAUCGUUAUGAAAUGUACAGACGUUCUGCCUUCCCUAAGGCUGCUAUCAAGAGGCUGAUCCAGUCUAUUACGGGAUCCUCAGUGUCCCAGAACGUAGUGAUCGCCAUGUCUGGUAUCGCCAAAGUUUUUGCUGGGGAAAUAGUCGAGGAAGCAUUAGAUGUUUGUGAAAAGUGGGGUGACACGCCACCCCUUCAGCCCAAACACAUGAGGGAGGCAGUGAGGAGGCUUAAGAGCCGCCAUCAGAUUCCCAACACCAAGUACAAAAACAUUUUGUUUCGCUGA